AUGGCUGACUUCCUCGCCAGCUUCAACUUCGGCCAGGCCGUACCAACUGCAGCCGACGACUCCGCAUGCCAUUCCAUUGACGACAUCCAGGCGCAUCUGCGCAACACAUUCGAAGCGAAGGUCACACCCACCAGGGCUGAGCAUAUAUCCCUAAGCCUUGAGCUGCGAGGCUCGUCGAGCAUUACACUUCCCCAGAUCGAAAAUGAUAGCCUUGAUGGCGCCAGCGAGCGCCCAGUGGAAGGGCAACCGGAACGACCUAUGCGCGUAGUGUCCGUGAACGAUGCGCUGGCUAGACAAACAGACGACCCCCUCUUACAGCGCACCAUUGCGAAGCACAUCCUGCGCGCGGUGGGGGACGUCGAUAACAGUAACUGGAUAGUACGGGACAUGUCAAGGGCCUCUCAAGGCUGGUCAUUCACCUAUAUCUGUAAAGGCUCACAUCAAUUUUGGAACCGGCAAAAUACCAAGAACCCUCCAGCGUCCUUGAUCGGGGAGUUUAGUUUGCGAGAACCUGACCCCGUAUUGAUCGGGCGUCCUGCAUUUGAUUGUCGUGGAUCCGUCUUGGUCGCAUUCGAAAGGAGCAGCCGGUCCAUAACAAUUCGAUAUGAGCACACGCCUAUACACCGUACAGUCGCACAGUUGAAGGAGUUGUAUCCACCACCGGCGCGGGAGCUCGGUGCCGGGGCCCAGCGUCAACUUCAGCAAAAGACACCUGUGAAGUCAAAGAAAUCGAGGAAUAAGAGCAACGAAAGUACGGAACAGGGUGAGGGCCAAAGUCGGCCUAAGAAGAAACGGAAAGCAGACACCGGCGAAGAGGGCGAGGCUGGCAGUCGGCCCAAAAAGCCGAGGAAGAGGAAGAAGAACCAGGCGGAAGAUGUUGCUCCCCAGCAGCUUCAACAAGAGCUGGCCCAUGACCCCGGCCAAGAAACUUCCCAAGGCCAAUCAAACAUGGAACCGGCAACCAAUGUCGGACUGCCUAGCCAGCCUUCGAAUCAACCUCAACCCUCCUCACAUCUUCACCCAGUAAAUGUCGAUGCCGCUGAAGCAACGCGUCGCUUAGCUCAUGCGACAAAGUUGCUGGAAGAUGCUGGAAUUGAUCCAAACACACUAUCUUCCGACCAGAUGCACAUAUUUUCUAACCAACUUCCCGAGCUACAAAGAGACUCACUUGCCUUGCUUUCCAAGUAUGGUGCGCAGCACAUUGUCAUUGUUCCUCCGAAGGACAAGCCUGGAGCUGCUCCUCGGAGCCAGUCAUCAACCCCGGUUCAGACACAACAAGCCCCUCCUCCUGCUGCGGCAACCACUACGCAGGCUGCGACAAAAGACGCCCGUGCGGGUGCAACUGCAAAGGAUGGUGCACAACCUUCAUCUGAGCAGGCAUUAUUGGAGGCUGCUGCAAGUGCUCUUAGCACAGUCGCUCAAAGUUCAAAGAAGAAGGGCAAACGACCUCUCGGAAAGUCACGACUCGCGUGUUCGUGUUGCAAAAAUCGCAAGGUCAAGUGUCCCAAGGAGAGGCCAAUUUGCUCUGAAUGCCAAACUCAUAGCUUGGUCUGCGAGUAUCCUCCCACAAAACCAAGAAAACAGAAGACACUUUCUGAGCCGGUUGUUAUUGACGACGACGAAGGAGAUGAUGAAGAAGGUGAAGAAGAAGAACAGGAGGAAGAAGCCCCUGAUGAAGAUGAGGAUCAAAGCACAUAUUAUACCGGCGUGACACAACAACCGUCGAACUCACACGCUGUCCACACCGAAGAGCAAGACACAUCUUAUUCACAGAUGCCUGUGGCAGAUAUGCUGAGGCCCAUCGCCCAGCAUAAUGCGUCGGAAACAUACCCAGCACAAACCACUUACUACCAGCCAACUACAGUCGCAGCGGAACCACCAGCCGAGCCGAGUCAAGCUCGGUAUUCAACCUCGAAAGCACCUCAAUCUGCCACAGCACAUUCUUCAUGGAGUAGACCUGAGAUUCAGACUAAUCAUACUCAUGUGUCCCAUACAUCUAAUGUUUCCGCCAAUUCUACGCAAGGUGGACAGAUACCAAAGCCGACAGGAAGCAUAUCUCCGAACCGAAGCAGGCGAAACGCCAAGGAGCUGACUCCCCAGGGUCGAUGGAAACUUCCCGAUUCUAAACCCAAACCUACCACUUCAGGGUGGGGGAAUGCUGCUGCUACUCACGCCUCUACUCAUUCUGGUAAUCACUCUGGUACUCAUUCAGGUACUCACUCUGGUAAUCUCUCCGGCACUCACUCCAGUACCCACUCUGGGACUCUCUCCGGCACUCAGCCUGCCACCUACUCCCAUUCUCACACUCAACCUGGCACUUCUGCGACAAGUUGGAUGGGCGACCAAGAGGCGGGGUCUUUUAACAUGACCGCCAAUGAGCGAACCACUCAGGGUACUGGGCUAUAUUCUCACCAAGCCCCUGUCACUUCCUCUCAUUUUCAAAACAGCACAUUCCAAACUUCGAAUGACAAUACCUAUUGGCCGCACUCUACCCAGGCUUCAGUUAUGCACCAGACUCAGCCUGCAAGGCAGUCACCCAGCAUGACAGCGGUAAUGCACGCCCACAACCGCACCUCGCCGUUUCAGGGAAUAAACUCACAACAGCGGACCGCCUCAAAUCAAAACCACCAGUCACAGACUUGGGCAGCAGCGAAUACGCAGGGAAGGGACGCAUCUUUGUCUGCCGUUCCUCGGGCCACGGACACGUACCAUCAAAAUUACUAUGGUGCACUGGACAUGAAUCGUACAAAUAGAUAUACAUAG